AUGGGUGUUAAAAAGCGGAAAACAACUGCGAGUCAAGAAACAGAUUUUGAACCAGCCACCAAGGUUUACUCCAGCAGUGUUAAUUCAUGGUUCGGCCCGAAACGGCUGUUUAUUGUCAUCAGUUUAGCCGUAGUUGCAGUAUCUUUCUAUUACUACAAAAAUAUCUAUUUACCAUAUCGCAUUGCUAAAAAGUCCUACUUGCCACCAUUGAAUCCCAGUUACGAUCGGGUAUGGGGAUCUUAUCGAUCGCAUGUUUAUUUCGGUUUAAGAGCUCAUCAUCCGGCGUCGCCUUUAUUUGGUAUGAUUUGGUAUAAGCAGAAAGGAGCACAACUAACGCUGAAUGAUGUUCGGCAUUGGUGCGAAAAGGACAAUGGUAUUAAAAGUUACGCAUACACAGAAGCUGACGGACGGAGUUUUGGAAGGCAGGUAAUCAAAGAUAAAUUUGCUACAAUUACGACUGCCUGGAUCAAUGAAGGAAAUUCAUGGACGUCACGGAUCAACAAAGUUUCAAGCAUUGAGAGCAAUCAUGCGUUUCUGUUUUACUUUAUGCUACAGGUUUCGUUGUUUAUUUUAACAUCUGCUGUUUGGGUUUUUCAUGUUUUACUUUUUAAGGGUUAUUCUCAGCUGCAUCAGAACUUAGGCCGCACAGCGCUUUCUAAUAUGUUGGGGAGUAUUGGUUACAAUUAUGGAUAUAAUCGUGUAAAAAGCCAGCACUCUUCCGAAGAAAUUUUUUACGGUCCUCAAGAGCUUUUAUCUGCCUGUCCUUGUCGUUCCACUUUUCCACGUGGCUUUUUGUGGGAUGAGGGUUUUCACCAUUUGGUAUUUAGAAAAUUCGACCCUGAAUUAUCACUAAAGAUAAUAUCGUCUUGGUUAGACACUAUGAAUAUUGAUGGAUGGAUUCCAAGAGAGAUGAUUUUGGGUGCUGAAGCUGAAUUAAGGGUACCUCCUGAAUUUAUUGUCCAGGUUGAUAAAACUGCAAAUCCUCCAAUGUUCUUUUUUUUAAUCCAACGUUUUCUGGACGACGAGAAGGAACAUGUGACGACUUUAAAAAAAAUUUACCCUCGUUUGGCGCUUUGGCAUAAGUGGCUAAACGACACACAGAAAGGCCCCUUACCCGGCACCUAUCGUUGGAGGGGUAGAAAUUAUACUACGGAUUUGGAAUUGAAUCCAAAAACUUUAGCUAGUGGUUUUGAUGAUUACCCCAGGGCAACUCAUCCGUCAGACCAGGAAUAUCAUCUUGACCUUCGUUGUUGGAUGGCUGUAUCUGCCAGAGUCCUUUCUCGCUUAGCGCAUAUUUCUGGUGAUAAUGAUGCUGAAAUAAGAUACAAAAAUGACGCUGAUUAUCUUGGCGAUGUAAAUUAUUUGAAUAAACUGCACUGGAGCAAAAAGAGGCAAAGAUUUUGUGACUACGGGUUACAUAGUCCGUCAGUUUCUCUUAAGGAUAUGCCGGUCCGGACAAAAAAUGGUCAUGUUUUGCGAUAUCAGAACGGUGAGAUCGUAACACGGAGCUUUGUAUAUGAUACGUUCGGUUAUGUAUCGCUGUUUCCUGUAAUGCUUCGGCUUUUGCCCCAUGAUUCUGCGCAGCUCCAAUUAAUCUUAGAAAAUCUUAGGACUGAAGAAGAGCUUUGGACAAAGUAUGGUUUGAGGUCACUAUCAAAAUCGUCACCAUACUAUAGGGCCAGGAACACCAAGGACGACCCUCCGUACUGGAGAGGAAAUAUCUGGGUGAAUAUGAAUUAUAUGAUGCUGUCAGCGUUACAUUUUUACGCACAUAUCCCUGGGCCUAAUCAGAAAAUGGCUUCUAAAAUUUAUCACGAGUUACGGAACAACGUUGUAGAAAACUUAGCGAGAGAGUUUAAUGAAACUGGGACGUUAUGGGAACACUACGACGAUGAUACCGGGAAGGGUGGCGGUGCUUACCCCUUUACAGGGUGGUCCGGGCUGGUCCUCUCCAUUAUGGCGGAGCAGUACAACUGA